CCUCACCAAUUUUCUCUUUUCUCUUCCCUCUCUCCCUAUAAUAAAUGCUUUCUCACCUCCUAUAUUAGGUAUAUAUGCACAUCCUCACACUUCUCUCACCUUCAUAUCACAUUAUUAAGAGAUCACAAAGAUCAAGCUAAACAAGAACCAACAACAACAUGAACACCAAAGUAACAAAAACCACCUUCCUUAUUUUCAUACUUGUCAUCAUCACCACCAUCUCUUCCCUAAGUGGGGCAACCCGAACUUACCCGACUUCUAAGGGCACCAAGGCCAAAGGUGGUGGUGAUGACUUCUUCGGUUCCGGUGGCGGGUUCGGAAUACCCGGGUUCAACGACCCAGGUAUGUUUGGAGGCGGAUACGGAUAUGGAUAUGGAUAUGGGUCUCCAAGUGGGGGCCACUCAAAAAGUGGGACCAUAAGGCCAAGUAUGGUGUGCAAAGAAAAGGGGCCUUGUUAUAUGAAGAAGCUCAUGUGCCCUGCAAAGUGCUUUACCUCCUUCAGUAGGUCUGGAAAGGGUUAUGGUGGGGGAGGAGGAGGUGGUGGGUGCACCAUGGAUUGCAAGAAGAAAUGUGUUGCUUAUUGUUAAUUAAUUUUAAGUGGUUCAAUAUCUUUCAUCUUUAAUUUGGUGAUGUAUAACUACUUCUAGCUAGUCUACUAUAAAUGGUAAUUGGUAUGUGAUGUCAUAUAUAUUUCCAGGUUUUAUAAUAUAUAUUUUAUAUGUGGUGCUAGCUCCUAUCUUAUUUUACUUUCUCAAGUAACUAUAGUAGGACUUUAGUGAUAAUUACGUAAUGUAUUGUGGUAUUAUACUUAUAUUAGUGGUUUGUGUGCCUAUCUAUGUCUCUUCCUAUGGUGUAUCAUGUAUGGUAUUAGUAUAAUAAAUAGAGGUCCUUUCCUCUUGA